AUGCAAGAAUUUUUUUAUAUUCAUCAAGAAGAAAACCAAUCUGUUAUAUCAUUUUAUGAAGAUGUUAUCCGAAAAUACAGAAAGUCUCGACAAUUUAUUACUGAACAACAAGUUAUUAUGGUAUUACAGAAUGGGGUAAAAAAUUCAUUAAAGGAACAUUUAAUCCGUAAUGAAAAAGAAAUUAAAAAACCAGAAGAAUGGUUGCAAAUUGCAAGAGAAGAAGAACAUAUACAAAAACGAAUUCAACAAAAAAAUAACAUUCCACAUCAGGAACCAAAGACUUUACCAUUUUUUGAACAUACAUUACCAACUGCAACAAUUCAACCAACGUCAACGAAUAUUCAUUUAUCCAGUCAACAACCAUUUACAUCACAUCAUUAUUAUAAAAACCAACAUCAACAAUCAACAUCAACAAAUAAUCGAACAUAUUCAAAGCAAAAUGAUCAUUUAACUUUCCAACACAAUCGAAAAGAUUAUCCAGGAAACAAAACACAACAAUCAAAUUUAUUACCUUUAGAAAUAAACGUUAAUGGAAUAAAAACAAUAAUUAUUGCUGAUAUCACAACAAAUCUUGUUACAAAUUUAAUAUUAGGUAAUGAUUGGAUUCAAUCAAAUAACGUUUAUAUUCUUACACCUGAACAACGAAUUAUGAUCCGAAAUCAAGGUAGAGAAGUAUCAGCUCCUUUUGUACAACCACCUUUUCUAAAUUAUCCAGCUACUCUGAUUAAUUAUAUUACUCUUCCUCCUUUUUCAGAAAAAAUAGUAGAAGCAAAAGUUCAGCCUAACAAUAUGACUGACAUAUUAUUUGAACCAAAUCCUCGAUUAAAAAAUAAAGCAUUAUUCACUGCCAAUGCAUUACUCAAUAUUGAAAAUGGAACAAUAAAAAUUAAUAUAAUUAAUGCAACCAAUCGACAGCAAACGCUUUCCGAAGGAACCAAAUUAGGUAUGGUGACACAAUUAUCUUCUACAAUUGGUGUCACCGUACCAUCGAAUUAUUUAAUAGAACGCAUUCCGGAAGGAAAAGCGUCAUCACAUGGAAAACAACAUCAAUGUCGUAAAUGUUAUCAACAUUUUGAUACUAGCAAUGAAUUAUUCAAGCAUCUUAGAAACCAAUGUUAUCCUGACGAAAUAAGACAGCAAAUAAAUAAAUUAACUGAACAUAUUAGCGAUGAUAAACAGCGAGAACCAAUUUUAAAAAUUUUAUGGAAAUAUGGAAAAUUAUUUGACAUUAGUGAACCAUCAAAAAUUGAUAUCAUUUUAAAAAAUGCUAUUGAUACUGGUACACACCGUCCUGUUCAUAC